AUGCUCCCACUCACUCCCACCCUGCUGCGUGGAGGCUGGGGGUCAGAACGGCCUGUGCGCAGCUUGAUGACGCAUUGCGCCUGCGCGCGCGGUCCACUAGGCGGGUGUGAACCCCGGAGGGGUGUGUUACCCGCGCCCGGGAGCCGGCGGCCGCCGGAGAGCCCAGCUUUAGACGCAAUGGGGAAGAAGCAGGUGCGUCCUCCACGAGCCCUUCCACCUGUGCCAAGUGCUAUUCAAGAUGAUAUUCCACUUAGUCGUCCUAAGAAAAAGAAGCCCAGAACGAAAACCCCGCUUGCUAGUACUUCUUCGGAAGGUCUUGUUCAGACUGCUGUUGACAGGUCACCUGAGGGCAGCGAGCCACCAACCAAAGACUCCAUAGAACAUCAAGAAGCUCCUGUUCAACGGAGGCAGAAGAAAGCAAGGCUACCUCUUGAAUUGGAGACUGCCUUUACCCAGAAGAAGACAGCUAGUCCAUCUUUAUUACCAAAUGAAAAUGGUAUCAAUGUGGAGCCAGAUGAGGAGCCAGUUAUUCAGAAACCUCGAAGGAAGACGAAGAAAACCCAGCCAGCAGAAUUACAUUAUGCCAAUGAACUAGGAGUUGAAGAUGAAGACAUAAUUACUGACGAGCAAAGUAGUCCAGAACAACAGUCUGUAUUCACUGCACCCACGGGCAUUAGCCAGCCUGUAGGCAAAGUGUUUGUGGAAAAAAGCAGGCGAUUCCAGGCUGCUGAUCGGUCAGAGUUGAUUAAGACCACAGAAAAGAUUGAUGUGUCAAUGGACAUGAAACCUUCCUGGACGACCAGAGAUGUUGCACUGUCGGUGCAUCGGGCUUUCCGGAUGAUUGGUGUCUUCUCCCAUGGCUUCCUGGCUGGCUGUGCUGUGUGGAACAUUGUUGUGAUCUAUGUUCUGGCAGGAGAUGAGCUUUCUGACCUCUCAAACCUUCUACAACAAUACAAGACAUUAGCAUAUCCAUUCCAGAGUCUUCUCUACUUGCUUUUGGCUCUGAGUACAGUUUCAGCCUUUGACAGGAUUGACUUUGCUAAAACGUCAGUAGCAAUCCGAAAUUUUCUUGCUCUGGAUCCAAGAGCUUUAGCGUCUUUCUUGUACUUUACUGCUCUUAUAUUAUCUCUGAGUCAACAAAUGACAAGUGACAGAAUCCACCUUUACACACCUUCUUCUGUUAACGGUAGCCUCUGGGCAGAAGGAAUUGAGGAGCAGGUUCUUCAGCCAUGGAUUGUGGUGAAUCUGGUGGUGGCCAUUCUGGUUGGGUUAUCUUGGCUUUUUUUGUCUUACCGGCCAGGCAUGGAUCUUAGUGAAGAGUUGAUGUUCUCUUCGGAUGUGGAAGAAUAUCCUGAUAAAGGAAUCAAAGCCUCUUCAUAGUGCCAACUCACCUUCUGAGUAACGAC